CUGACAGGAGUAAAAAAUGUCCGUCGAGGGCUGGGUAAAAACGGUCGGAUAAGAAAAAUAAUAAAUUACAAACGGUCACCGAUCUGAAUGCCGAGUAAACAAGUCGUAUAUUGUAAUGAGUCAGAGAUCAAGGUACGUCAGUCGAUAGCGAAAAACCGUUCCGAUUAGGGUAUUCACAGGAAUACAAUUAGUGAAAAUUACUGGAGUGAACGUUUAUGGGUUGAUUCUGUUUUCAUAAUCAAGACUGACCUUUUGCGGGAAAAAAUACGAAACGAAGGUUUGAAUAUUUAACAAAAUGGACGCAGAACUGUCCGAACAGUUCUACAGAAUUCAGGCGAUUGACAGAGCCCUGCGAAUUCCCAGCGUCAAUUACCUGUGGGACAAAUCCACAGCUGUUUACGGAAAAGUCAAAGGUGUCAACACAUUCACAAAUUGGGCGUUCGAUAGAAUCGAGACAGUCCUCCACACAGUCCUCGAGAAAUCAUUGCCAGUCGCACGCUUCAUGGAGAAACCAAUUUACAAUCUCGACAAAACAUUCUGCCAAGGUCUGGACUUCGUUGAAGUUAAAUUACCAAUCAUCAAGGAAGAUCCCAAACAAAUAUUGGAUCGUACCAAGUCACUCGUCUCCGAGAGACUCCGUCCAGCUGUACAAAUAUUCAUUGACCUGAAGCAGGAGACAAAGCAGAGAGUGAGAAUAAUAACCCUUCAUACUUACUACAAAGCACACUACUUGAGAGUUUACAGUUGGCAACAGGCAGACAAAGUUAUGUCAACUGAGACGGGAAUUAAUAUUUUAAAGACUGUUGACAAUACCACUGGCCUAGCUGAACUGAUGCUCGAUAAAUAUUUGCCUGCUCUUGAGGAUGAAACUUGCAGUGACUCCGAAGAUGAAUGCAGUGAGCACGUAAAACUCCAUCACACCAUAGUAAGACUGAGUGAAUUUAGCAGCAGAGCAUCGCGCAGAAUCUACGUGGCCCUGACGGAGAGACUCCAGUACAUGUACAAAAUCGAAAUUCUCAUCUUGAUUCUACAUGCACUUAUCGUGAUCCAGGCUAUCAAAUUUUUGGAGACUAUUGUGACAUCUGUACUUAAAUUUACUUUUAGAUUCUAGGAUUAAUACUGUGAUAUGACUUUCUCCUUUUUCUUUUGAUGAAUUUUUGUGUUUGUAAUUGUGUGACGCACUAAUGUAAUUUUUCCUUUUGCAUAUGACAUUGAGACAAAGUUUGAAGAGUCUCAGGACAUAACAUCUUUGUGUUUAUGCUCAUUGUGGUGUUUUCAGUUCCUCUUGAAAUAAUAAAAUCUCAUUUAUUUUUA